AUGGCGCCAAGAGGCGAAGGGUCGGCCCCAGAGGCGGACGCAGAAAUGGGAAUCAUCUACAAGGUUUCCGGCCCGCCCGGCCUGUGCGUAGGAGACCCCGUGGUGAAGACCGGAAAGCCGCUCUCUGUCGAACUGGGGCCGGGCCUUCUCGACAACAUUUUCGACGGAAUCCAGAGGCCCUUGGAGCGCAUCGCGCAAGUCGCCCAGAGCGUCUUCGUCCCCAAAGGCGUCGACGUCCCGGCUCUUGACCACAAGAAACUCUGGGAAUAUAAACCCGUCAGCAAUGUUCAAGUCGGAGACAUCCUCACAGGCGGAGACGUCAUCGGAACUGUCCAGGAGAACAAUCUCUUUCUCGAGCACCGGAUCAUGAUCCCCCCCAAGGUCCAAGGCAAAGUCUCGUGGAUUGCACCCGCAGGCUCGUACACCGUCAAGGACACGGUCAUGACUCUGGAAUUCCGCGGCGAGCAGAUCCCCAUUCAAAUGUCCCACGAUUGGCCAGUUCGUGAGCCCCGUCCCUGCCUCGAGAAGCUGUCCGGCAACACGCCGCUCCUCACAGGCCAGCGCGUCCUGGAUUCCCUCUUCCCCACCGUGCAAGGCGGAACAUGCGCCAUUCCCGGGGCGUUCGGUUGUGGAAAGACUUGCAUUUCCCAGGCUCUGUCCAAAUACAGCAACAGCCAGGUGAUUAUCUACGUCGGCUGCGGCGAGCGCGGAAACGAAAUGGCCGAAGUCCUGACUGAGUUCCCCGAACUGACGACCGUUGUGAACGGCAAAGAAGAGGGUAUCAUGCAGCGAACGUGCCUGGUGGCAAACACCAGCAACAUGCCUGUCGCUGCGCGUGAAGCGUCGAUCUACACCGGCAUCACCCUCGGCGAGUACUUCCGAGACAUGGGCUACCACGUGGCCAUGAUGGCUGAUAGCACCAGUCGAUGGGCUGAGGCGCUUCGCGAAAUCAGCGGUCGUCUGGCGGAAAUGCCCGCCGACAGCGGCUACCCAGCCUACUUGGGAGCUCGGCUCGCCUCCUUCUACGAGCGCGCGAGCCGCGUUCGCUGCGUCGGAUCUCCCGAGCGCGAGGGGAGCGUGACGAUCGUCGGCGCCGUCUCGCCGCCCGGAGGAGAUUUCUCCGACCCCGUCACGACGUCCACCAUGUCCAUUGUGCAAGUCUUCUGGGGGCUCGACAAAAAACUCGCCCAACGGAAACAUUUCCCUUCCGUGAACUGGACGACGUCUUUCUCCAAAUACAUUCGCGCACUGGAGCCGUUUUUCGAUUCCUACGACUCCGAGUUCAGCAGUCUGCGCCAGAAAGUGUCCGACAUCCUUCAGCAGGAAGCGGAGCUUACUGACAUCGUCCAGCUUGUCGGGAAGGAUUCUCUCUCCGAGGACCAAAAACUGAUUCUCGAAGUGGCGCGAAUUAUUCGGGAAGACUUCCUCCAGCAAAAUGCCUUCUCCGACUACGACUACAUGUGUCCGCUGUACAAGACCGUCGGCAUGAUGCGCACUAUCUGUCACUUCUACGAUCAGUGCCUUCGCGUCAUGCAGGAGACGAGCGGGAGCGAGCAUAAAAUUGGUUGGGGCACGAUCUACAACACUAUGCGCCCGACCAUCAGCAAAAUCACGAGUAUGAAGUUCCUGCCUCCCACCACGACCGAGGCCGCCGCGAAGCAGCAUUUCAAGCAGCUGAGCGAUGAAAUCACGUCUGGACUCCGUGGCCUCGUUGAGAAAUAA